AUGGAUCACGAGCUUGCGAAUCUCAAGGCCUUGGUGUCGCCGGAUGAAAUUCUUACAAGAAAUUCGCCCGGCUUCGAAGAAGAAUCCAGAACUUGGGCAGUUCAAGCGAACCGGCAUCCUGCGACUGUGUUCAUUCCAAAGACCGUCGAAAAGCUUAGCGAGGUCAUCUCUUACGCAAAUACCACCAGUCUUGACAUCGGCAUCCGCUGCACUGGUAUCGGAAAUGCCACAGCGAAGGAUGUCUUGAUCUCCUUGUCAACAUUCAAGUCAUUCUCUUUCGAUCCGCGUGAGGAGACAAUCGUCUUUGGCGCGGGUCAUUGCUGGGGGGAGAUCGACCAGAAAGUGGAAGAGCAAGCACCUGGUUACGCAGCAGUCAGCGCACGAUGUACCUAUGUCGGUGUUGGCGGCUCUAUUCUCCACGGCGGACAAAGUUGGUUGAGCUCUGAGCACGGUCUAGCGUGUGAUCCACAGAACUUACUCGACGCCCAAGUGGUCAAGAUGGACGGAAGCGUUGUCUGGGCAAGCAGUGAGCCUGAUCUCCUUUGGGCAUUGCGUGGCGGAGGUGGUGGCUUCGGAAUGGUCACCGCCUACAAGAUGCGGGUCUACAAGUACCCUUCUUCCAUAUUCAGUGGGCAGAUUGUUUACCCCCCCGAAGCACUGCACGAUAUUGCACGAGAGACUGCCGCCUUUGCGUCACGAUGCAGCGAUCCCAAGAUGGCUCUGCAUUUGUACUGUCUGGACAUGACUGCCGGGACUUACGCUGGGAAGGAACCCAAACCCGGGCUGGCGUUCGCCGUGUUCGACGCUAAUGGUCCUGAGCACGGAAGAGGCCCAGAUGGAUUCAAGUGGGCGUUGGACAUCCCCGGGGCGGUCGAUUUGACCAAGACAAUGACCCUACGGGAGGUCAACCAGCAGUUUGAUCAAUCGAAGGCCCCUUUCGGAAAGCUCAAUACGUGGGCAGCCGGUGUGACCGUUCCAGCCGUGGAUGAAGAUCUCAUCUUGCGCGCCUGGCACUGGUACCUGCACCUCUUGAAGAAGGACCCGAGGUUGGUCAUGGGCACAUAUGUCCUGAUGGAGGUGAUGCAGAAAGCUGUAUAUCAAUCGCUCGGGUUCCCAAGCCGCGUAUCGGCAUGGCCGCACACCCAGAAUCAGCACAACCUCCAACUGGGUACUGGGGUCGUACCGGGCUCGCCUGAGAGUGAUGCCCUGGCCUACAAAGCUAUGGCAGAAGGACCAUACGAGAUCCGGCCCGGCCACACUGGCGCAGAUUACUUCCCGAAUUUCAUCGAGGAUUUUGUCGAUCCGAAGAAGGUGUAUGGCGUCAACUGGAACAGACUAGUCGAGAUCAAGAAGAGAUACGAUCCAAACAACAAGCUAGGCGGUCCGUUCGGUCAUCAAUGA